AUGUCCAAUGACAUGUCAGCCUCGACGGAAACAGGCACGAUACCAUUCAUCGUAGAAACAGGCUUGCACAAGGCCAACCAAGAUACGCGAAAGUUUAUUCGUAAGCAUGUCAUGUUAGGCAAGAAUACUGGAAAAGACUCCAGAGAACGCCGAAACAACAAGGGAAGGCCGAGAAGACCUCCGCCAGUAUUGAUCCCUCUCGCCAUCGCUCCGGAUCCUAACGAAGCUAUUCACACCUCCCCGAACCCAUUACCCUCAGGUCAUCCUCCUUCCAUCCCUCAAAGGGUUGGUACGGAUGUGUCUCUUGUACAACUUGCCGAUGUAGUAGAGCCCUCUACAGCGUCGCUUGUUCUGCGAUUUUCGGCCGCUGCCAAACAAACGUUAUUCCCUUUAGAGUCAUGCAUUCUAUUCGACAAACAAGAAGGGAGACAAUGGAUUGAACUCAUGGCAUUCGACCCUAUUUUCCUCCAUACAAUGAUAUUCACCACUCUCGGCUACCAUGACUCGCUCCGACGCUGCGAAAGCCCCGCAUCUAGAGACACGCAAUUGUCGUUACACUUCACUCAAGCACUUAGACUGUUACGUAAAAGAUUAAUACUUGACAACGACGAGAUGAGGUUCUCAGACAUUACUUUAUCUACAGUUCUUGGUCUGGCCGUCUACGCCUCCCUGACUGGGGAGCGUGAGGCCGCGGAAUACCAUCUUUCUGCUCUACGCACCAUAAUAGACUUUAGAGGUGGCUUAAGCGCGUUCUGGCAAAGUGGAAAACUUCUUCUCGAACUUUUCAGAUGCGAUAUAGGCCGAGCUCUCAACACUGGCUCGACAACAUUUUUCUUCACCGACCCUUCAGCAGAACCAUUUGCGCCAUAUCCUGAGAAAUAUCUAUCAUGUGCUUUGCGGCUCGAUAAAAGUGGCAUGCAAGGCAAUCAAGAUAACCUUGUCGCUGAACUCGAUAAUGACUUGGCUAAAGCCUACAGUAUCGUGAAGCAUUUCAGCGCACACAUCAACCUUGCCCGUGAAACUAAAAGCAAAUUACCGAAAGAGCUUUUGACACGGUUCUCUUGA